AUGGCUGAUUACGCAAUAUUUUGGUUGGUGAUGUUCUUUGGAACCGCCGCAAGUUCCAACCUUACGGCUGAUUUCAAUGAGUACACCACCGAAGACAGCCUGCCUAGCAUACCAAACGUUUCAGAUAUCUUCAAGAAAUGUCAAACAAACAAUGAUUGUACCAUUAAAAAUUCAGAGUGUACCAACGAACAAUGUCGUUGUAAACAAUAUUACUUUGAAUUGAACAACCAGUGUGUUCCUGGACUAGGAGCUGAUUGUUCGAAAACAAUAAAAUGUCAAGCACUAAAUUCGACUUGUGGAUCAACUACCCACUGUGUUUGCCAACCGAGGUUUAUUUUUUCUAAUACCACUCACUGUCUUCCAAUUCAGUCAUUUGGGCAGCCUUGUGAAGAAAGUGAACAAUGUUCCUGUAUGCAUGACGAGAAAUGCCAGUUGAGCGACACAUUCAAAGACAUUAUUUGUUGGAACAAACAAUGCAAGUGUCAGCCUAACCACCACUACGCCUUCAGAAGGAACGCCUGUGUUCAUUCUUCAGGAAUCGGCGAACAGUGUUCCAUUGACGAGAACUGCGAAAAGCUACUGUUUGCGGAGUGCUACGAGAACAAGUGCGUGUGCAAACCGAACUACUUUGCAUCGGAAGGUAAGUGCAAGAUAGGUUUAAACGCUAAUUGUGUAACUACCGGCCAAUGUUCCGCGGUGGAACAUGCCAAGUGUGAGAAGGGUAAGUGCAAAUGCGCGGAACCGUUCGUAGAACGGUCGGUGGAACUUUGCGUUCUGGUGAGUUCUUUCGGCGGAGAGUGCGAGUACGUAGAACAAUGCACUAGUCAAACCUCGAACGCGACUUGCGAGGCGCCAACAGAUGGUGCGAAGAAGGUGUGUGGAUGUGGAACCGGGCAGCACCACCACGCCUCCGGGUGCUUUCCAACGAGAACACUGGACGAACGAUGUGACUCGGACAGCGAAUGCUUCGUUACGUCCAAGUACGACAGUGUCGCUUGCACAGGGAACAAGUGCGUCUGCGUCGAAGGGUUUGAGAAGGUCAAUGGAACAUUCUGCGGUAGCGCGGGAAGUAUUCUCGGCUCAGUAGUGUUAGUUUUCUUCAUGGUGGUUGUCAAGACUGCCAUCUAG